AACAACUGGAUGGAAUAAAUAAUCACUUGUGUUUCGAGGGCGGCUUGCUAACAAACUUUCUCCAGUUGAGUUCGUGCUUUGACGAUCUAAAUGCCAGUAGUUAAAUAUCGAAUCGAUUAUGUUAGGGCCUAGUGCUACGAAGCAUAUUUUAGCAGUGAGCAGCAAGCAAUCGUUAGUUGGAAAAACAGAGAUGUAUUAUACGCACAUUGACCCGUCGGCGUCGGUAAGAAGCCAUGGCGAGGUCCUACCUCCGCUCAAAAAGACGAAUAAAAUUGCUGUUAAACAGAACUCUCAUGAUAGCAGCGGAUCGAAGACUUUACCACAUUUAGGUGGUGUACAGGUUCAACAGCUUUUCGAUGAGGAGCACCACCAAAGUAAACUGAAAUCAGUUGACAACAGAGGUCUUCCCAAUGUCGAAGGUACUCAACAACCUGCAGUCACAACCACGCAUAGGACAGAUGCUCCUACUCCGAAUUCCGAGCGCCGAUCAAGCGUGUCUUCAGAUUCCCAAAGCAAAGGACAAGCAAUGUCACCCGAACAUGCUAUGAAACUGUACAUGCACAAGUUAACGACGUUUGAGCAUCAUGAAAUAUUCAAUUAUCCGCAGAUUUAUUUCGUUGGGCCUAAUGCUAAAAAGCGGCAAGGUGUUGUUGGCGGAUCUAACAACAGUGGUUAUGACGACGAACAAGGCUCGUAUUCGCUUGUGCCUCACGAUCACAUCGCAUAUCGUUACGAAGUUUUAAAGGUUAUUGGUAAAGGGAGUUUUGGAUCUGUCGUCAAAGCUUACGAUCACAAAAACCAGUGUCAUGUUGCUUUGAAAUUGAUAAGGAAUGAGAAGCGAUUUCACCGGCAAGCGGCGGAAGAAAUUCGGAUUUUAGAACACUUAAAGAAACAGGACAAGGAAAAUAACUACAAUAUUAUUCAUAUGCUAGAACAUUUUCAGUUUCGAAGCCACAUGUGUAUCACUUUUGAACUGCUUAGUAUCAAUUUGUAUGAACUUAUCAAGAAGAACAAAUUUCAGGGAUUUUCCUUGCAGUUGGUUCGUAAAUUUGCACAUUCGAUGCUUCAAUGUCUGGAAGCGCUGCAUCGUAAUAGGAUCAUCCACUGUGAUUUGAAACCCGAGAACGUACUGCUCAAACAGCAAGGCAGAAGUGGAAUUAAAGUCAUCGAUUUUGGAUCCAGUUGUUACGAACAUCAACGUAUUUAUACUUAUAUCCAAUCAAGAUUCUAUAGAGCACCUGAAGUUAUCUUAGGAGCACGUUAUGGUAUGCCAAUCGACAUGUGGAGUUUUGGAUGUAUUUUAGCAGAGCUUUUGACGGGAUAUCCUCUGUUUCCUGGCGAAGAUGAAGGCGAUCAACUAGCUUCAAUUAUUGAACUGUUAGGAAUGCCCCCUGACAAACUUUUGGAAACUUCAAAGAGAGGAAAGAAUUUCAUCAGUUCACGAGGUUACCCCAGAUACUGCACCGUAACAACAUUGCCUGAUGGAAGCACCGUUUUAUCAGGUGGAAAGUCGAGGCACGGAAAAACUCGUGGCCCCCCAGCAUCAAAGGACUUUGUGACGGCCUUAAAGGGUUCUGAUGACGCCCUGUUCAUAGACUUUUUAAAGAAAUGUCUAGAAUGGGAGCCUUCACAAAGGAUGACACCAUCACAAGCUCUUAGGCAUGCUUGGUUAAGAAGACGAUUGCCUCGAGCACCUGCCGAACAAACAAAUGGUCAUACUCAAAACACAACAGUGGAGAAACUGAAGCACCACAGACAAGGAUCAGGGACUCAUGCAGUUGGAAAAUUACCUCCUACACAUCCUGUACAUCCAGCAUCCUCAAAAACUAGACGAAGGACUUCAGAGAAUAAUCCACCUUCAGAUCAAGGAUCUGAAAUGAACAAUAGGACAGUGUUACCAAAAAUUGUUGGCCGAUAGCCAUGUAAUUAUCACAUGGUAUAAAGUAACUUGAAUUAAUUAGAAUUUUACUAAAUCAAGCUUUCUGGAAAUCUGCUUUUAGGAACCAUGAAGUUUAAUUUCUUCAGGAAACUGUUUCACCUGACAUCCCAACAUCUUGUUAAUAUUGUUUUGAAAUGGAUGAUCAGAGAAUUAUGUUUUAGUAUGUAUAUAGAAAUAUGUGUGAAGAGAAUAUGGUUGUAAAUAUCAUUGGAAACAGUAA